UCUGCAGGCCUCAUUCAAUGUUUCCAACUCACGCAACAUCCCAAGAUGGCUCAGACACACGCUGAGAGCUCAAGCGAGGCGAGAGAUCGCUCAGCCCCGGAUCGGAAUAUGUGAAUAUAGUAGGCCAACGAUUUUAUUGAAACGGGGGUUUCUGCGCUUGUCACGUAGCAAAACGUCAAUCGGAUUCCAUCAUCUGGUCUCCUGUCUCCUUGCGGCUGUCAGUCGUCGUGGCGAAAAGCUUUGUUUACACCCGAAAGAAUAAGCCAACAAACUUAUUAGCAUUCCAGUAAAGACCAACUUAUUCCUUAUUAGCAGUAAAGCCUAGUAUAAUUUGAGAAAAUAGCAGGAAGAACUGCCAAAAGUUGUGUGGAUUUAGUUACACGAAAAUGGUGCUACCAAACUACACCGACGUUUCGGCAAUGCGACAAGAGGUACUGGACAAUAACUUACGCACAAAGGCAAUCAUUAUGGACAUCACAAACUUUCGUGGCACGUUACGUGAGCUGGAAACAUUGAAUGAGGCUGGCAGAGAUAAGCUGGCCGCACUGCGAAAGUGUAUCGAUCGAAUGGAUGUGUUGGCACGGGAUGAGACGGACGACAAGCUCGCUGAGGAGGUAGAAAAGAAUCGCGAACAGUAUGCCAAAACGCUGCAAGCCUUCCGGAAAGCGAAUAUUACAACCAUGCUUGAGAUAGAAAAGUCCAACAAGGAGGAACUCUUUGCUCUACGUCCGGAAGCGAGCGAAAUACGACAGCGGAAGCUGACGAACGCUAGUGCUGGUUCGAAGACGUAUCGCAGCUCUGCGUUGCUGUUACAACAGGAAAGUGUUACCGAACGGAUGAUUUCCAUCUCGAAGCAACUGCACGAUACGACACAGAAAUCGGCCGCGACGCUCGAUAUGCUCUUAACGACCAGUGCGACGGUGGAAAGUACGCGCGACGAGCUGCUGAACACGGCCGGCAAAAUCUACCAGUCGAGCAAACUACUGCAGAAAUACAGCCGCCGGGACUGCACCGACAAAGUCCUCGCCUUUUUCGGCUUGCAAUUGUUUUUGGUUAGUGUUUUCUAUGUGCUUUGGAAACGUUUAUUUUAACAGAGUUACGAACACGUUAAAUUUAAUUGUUUAAUGCUACCCGGGUGAAUUUACGUAGUAGGGAGAAGGAGCUACAGCUGGAGCAUGCGGUUCACAAAUACCGAAUUGAUUUAGAACAGGGUUCUCCAAACUUAUCAGUCCACGGGUCGCAUAGAUUGAAGAAAAAAAUCUUAGUUGGGGGACUUUUGCACAUUAACUUGCGGGCCAUUUACACAGAGGCUGGAGGCACUCGAGGGCUGCAGUGUGUAGACCCCUGACUUAGAGUAACAAAACGGUGAGCCUCAGCCCCAUCUAAUGUUCGGAUCACAAACCGUUACAGCCCGAAAGCAUGGAUAAAUAUUAUUCUACCUAAAAAAUAAUUGCCAGGUGAUAGCGCAUCUGUAAAUAACGAGGUUAACGAAUAAAUGAUUGUAUAUAAAUUGUAGCAAAAUACAGGAUUAUUUCUCGAUAAUGUGAUCUUGAUGAACAAGUCACCACCUGGAGAUCUUUCAUCUCAGUCACGUCUCCUUAGUAUGUAGAGUACAGAGUACAUUAUUAGGAGUCAUUCUAAACUAACGAAUUAGUUGAAUGAAGUUCACUGUAAUGAAAGAAUUAAUAAAGUCUCAUACU